CAGCAGAAGAAGAAGAAGAAGCAGGCGAAGGCCAACGCCUACCUCACGGAACUGAUAGCUUGUUUGCUUUCCGACACCUCGAGUUUCUUCAUUUCGGAUUGUUGUUAUGAGCUAGUUGUUACGUAAUAUUGUAGGCUAUUUGUAUAUGAGUGAUGGAUCCAGUUCAUCCCAUGGAAACACUGCAUGGCAAUGGUGAUCAUGAUGGUAUUGAUGUCAUGUCCUGGGUGUCAGUGUGUCCAGAAGGCCUCUGGAAAGUCCAGAAAAAAGGGAUAUGCAAAGAGAGUCAACAAACUGUUUGUAAUUUGGGAGGUAUUAAAUCAGCGGGUUGCUGUCCAAGGUUAGGAUCGCUGUGUCGAAUCCGUGUGCAGCUCCACAGUAACAUGGUUGAUACUCAGAGUUCAGUAACUGAUAAGAGAAAUGAGAAGCUGUCAGACCAAGCUGACCAGUCAGUCAGUGAAUUCGCAGAAACAGUGGAAACAGCUUUCUCAAGGUGUCGGGACUCUGUGCUGCAGGUCUCAUUGGGUGACUGGACAACGCUGAGACUAGGGGAGGGGCAGUGUGAUAUCACAGAAGCAUGUUUGGAGGGAAUGAGAGCCAAAGAAAAAUGUGAGAUACUACUUUCUCCAGUGGGAGAUAUACCAGAUGUCUUUGUUCCAAGACCUGCAGAACAAAACCUGCCUUUAUGUGCCACAAUUGAACUCCAAGCUUUCACGCCAGGCAAGGAACCAUGGGAGAUGUCUCCUGGUGAGAAAUGGGAGUGGGUGAAGUCACACAAGGAGAGGGGUGGCAUGAGAUUUCGCAGUGGAAAUGUGUGGGGAGCUGCAGAUAGCUACAGCCGAGCCCUCAAACUCCUCAUCACUCUCUCUGGACAUGUUAGAGAGGAGGAGGACACAGGACAGGAGCAAGAUGAGGAGGAGCAGAGAGAGACAAACACUGGAGAUGAAACACGUUGCCUCCUUUCAGCUAGUGAAUUCAGAACCAUCAAAGCAGAGCUCCACUCAAACCUAUCCUUGUGCCAGCUCAAACUGAACCAACCAGAGCGAGCUAAGGCCAGUGCAGCUAAAGCUACUCAGCUAGAACCAGGUGGCACUAAAGCCUGGUACCGGCUGGGCCAGGCCUGCAAGAUGGUGAAUGAGCUGGAGGAUGCAAAGCGGGCAUUUAGGAAACUCCUGGAACUACAACCAGACGCACCUGCGGCAUUGAAAGAGCUUAAAGACAUAGCUAGUAGAGAGAAAGAGUCAAAUGUGCAGUUGGGACUGAGACUUAGCAAAAUGUUCAGCUGAGAUUAUAUAGUAUGUUGUCAGUCAUCAGCAAAAAGAUGUGGUUAUCUUUAGGAUUUACCAUUAACUGAAAAUGUGUCUACUGUAAAGUCACUGCCUCAGCUCAAAAGUGCAAUUGAUCUGCAGAUGCAUGUUUUUCUCCCACCUAUAUACUACUGAUGUGCGAGUUAUCAAAAUGCAAUUUCAAAGUAAAAACAGUGUCAAAAUGUAUCUUGGAGCAGUUCCUGUUGUCAUCUGGGCAUGUGUAGUGCAUGAGAUCAUGGUGUUAUUGAGUGGUGUAAUGUACGUAACUACAUUUAGUCAAGUACAAAUUUCAGGUACUUGUGCCAUUUUAUACUUAACGGCAUUUCACAAGAACAUAUUGUUUUUUA